AGUCAUCUGUUGAUCUGCGCCAGCCAAGCACACGGCAUGAACUGCUGCUCUUCUGUUCAUUGAUCGUGACCCUGUUUUCUCAUUGGUAGACACUGCCGUGGUUUCAAGUUUGACAACACCUGUGACGAACACUGAUCGCUGUGAUACAGCAUAUCUGAAUUGGAGCUACUUUAAGCGGUGUGUCUUGGGACAUCUAGAAGAAAAUCGCCGUAGUUAAGUAAAUUGCAUGACUACUCCCGCUCCUAAUCCGUUGAAGGAAGGAAUGGAGAACGGAGUAGACGAGAAGGGACAGACACAGGGGAAGGAGAAUGUCGAGAAGGGCGUAUUACAAAAGGAUACCACAGAUAUGGAAAUAGAAAAGGCUGCCAAAGACACAUUUGAACUCAAGGCCGAUCUUGGAGUUCAUGAUCUUGAAGGAGACAACCGAGACAUGGAUGUCGAUAACAGGGAUACAGAUGUAGAGAAUGUCGAGGUUGACAUGGUUGAGGAUUCAGCCAGUGAAGAAGACGAUGCGUGCACUCCUCCCGAUGCUGCCAUGGACGUGAAUGUCUCAUGCGAUGACGAGUGUGCAGAGCCUAUUAAAAAAUUCGAAGAUAUGCCUCGGUGUGAAAGCGACUAUAUGACAGAAGAGGAGGACGAUCCCGAUGACCUCUACAAACCGGAGGGUACUAUAUACCUCGAUAUCGAUGGGUUCAGUCAGUUUUGUAAGGGAUCUCCUGAGACUCAACAACGUCUUUCGAAGCCUGUGUUUGUUCGCGGUCUACCAUGGAAAAUCCUAGCCAUUCCAAGGGACGCGGCCCGAGUAGGAACCGGCACGAGACCCAAUAAAGCUCUUGGCUUUUUCCUUCAGUGUAAUGGAGACUCUGAUGCAGUGGCUUGGAAUUGUAUAGCAUCAGCCUCGUUGAAGGUUCUGGGUCAAAUUGAAGGGUUUGAAGAUCACUCGCGACGCAUCACUCACACGUUUUAUCCGAAGGAAAACGACUGGGGAUACUCACAAUUUUUAACAUGUGAUCAUUUGAUUAAUCCCGAAAAUGGUUUUAUAAAGGACGAUACUAUUCGCUUGGUAGUACAUGUAUCCGCGGACGCCCCGCACGGUGUACAGUGGGAUAGUAAGAAACAUGCCGGUUAUAUUGGACUAAAAAAUCAGGGAGCUACUUGCUAUAUGAAUUCUAUACUUCAGACAUUAUAUUUUACUACAAAGCUGCGUAAGGCAGUGUACGACAUGCCGGUCUCGCAGGAUGAUUCGGAGAAUAAUGUUGCCUUGGCGAUGCAACGGGUUUUUUACGAUUUGCAGCACUCUGACCGUCCGGUUGGAACCAAAAAGCUGACGAAAUCGUUUGGUUGGGACUCACUAGAGACUUUCAUGCAACAUGAUGUGCAGGAACUCUGCAGAGUUCUGCUUGAUAAUCUUGAAAGUAAGAUGAAGAAGUCGCCGGUGGAAGAUACCAUUCCGAAUUUAUUUCGCGGUGUCAUGAAGUCCUACAUUCGCUGUACAAAUGUCAGCUUCGAGAGCAGCAAAGAGGAGCCUUUUUAUGACAUACAGUUGAAUAUCAAGGGGAAGAAUAAUAUCAUGCAGUCGUUCCGCGAAUAUGUUCAAGUUGAACGCUUGGACGGGGAGAAUAAGUAUGACGCUGGUGACUACGGAAUGCAGCCGGCUGAAAAAGGAGUGAAAUUUGUUUCCUUUCCGCCGGUUCUGCAUCUACAGUUGAUGCGUUUCCAGUAUGAUGCCACUCUUGAUGCAAACGUGAAAAUCAAUGACAAGUUUGCAUUCCCGGACAAGCUGUGCCUCAAUGAAUUUGUGGAAGGUAACGGCGAAGACUACACAUAUUCGCUACAUGCCGUAUUGGUCCAUUCUGGUGAUUUCCACGGAGGUCACUACGUUGUUUUCAUCAACACUGGACUGAGACCACCAGGAGAAAAAUAUAAACCGAAGUGGUGUAAAUUCGACGACGACGUGGUGUCACGAGCUACAGUCAGGGAGGCUGUGAUGGCUAAUUAUGGCGGAGAUGAUGGGGAAUCUACUGGCAGAACAUACACGAACGCCUACAUGCUUGUCUAUAUCAGGCAGACUUGUAUAGAUGAUGUCUUAUGUCAGCAUGAAAACUUGCAAGUUCCUGCUCAUCUAGUACAGCGGUUUGAGAACGAAAGAGAGGAGGAAAAUAAGAAGAAGAAAGAAAAGCAAGAGGCGCACUUAUACACAGAGAUUGUGAUGGUAACGGACGAGCAUCUCGCCAGCUACAAUGGCUUUGAUUUGGUUGACCCUAAGCUUUUGGAUGAUUCUGGCCUCCCAAGGGAAAAGAUUGAGAAAGGCAUGACUAUACCACAGCUGUAUGACUAUGUGAAGCAUAAGCUCUUCUCCAGUGAAGAUGAUAUCCCUGCUCGUGAGAUAUUUCGCAUCUGGAAGUUCGAAGAGACUACGUACAAAGAUGAAGGGAGCAUCAUGUCAGCCCUGCCUCGCUUACGUCCAACAUCACUGAUACCGCACUCUGAAGAGACUCAAGAGAAAACGCUUGAAGCUGUUCUGGAAAACGACCGAAAUCUUCUGUACAUAGAAACAACUGUUUCAAGCUCACUGAGAAGUUACAACGAGAAUUCGGAAAUGCUGAUGUUUCUCAAAUACUACGAUGAGGAAUCACGCUCUCUACGAUACGUCGGUCAUUUUAUUGUCGCCUAUCGUCAGUGCAUGUCAGCGUACACCAGUGAAUGCCUGAAACUCAUCGGACUUCCGGAGGGCACACCUCUGCGCUUUUAUGAGGAAGUUGCGCCUGAUCGUAUCCGAUUGAUAGAGAGUCUUGGCAAACCACUGUGUGCUGACAAUACAGUUGUCGAAGUCAGUGAUGGAGGCUUGCUGAUUGCUGAAAGAGCGGACAGAACGAAUGAGACGAACAACGCAAAGCUGCACCUGGAUACGCUGUAUAACACCAUUGACAUCGAGGCUGUCGCCAAUAACGACUCAUUCGUAUCAAGUCAUGCCGAAAUAGAUCCGCCAAUUACUGGAACAAUUGGACUGAACUGGACCAUGAGGCAGCUGGUUGAUUACAUCGGUAAAGAGAUCAACUACGAUCCCGCAAAGAUUCUUCUGUGGCGAGUUUCGCCUUUCAACGAUCGAGCAACUCAGUUUCUCACCGAUGCUCAGUGUAAAGUUUUGCGUGUAAAUGGAUUACUUGGACUGGCAGGUGCGCAGCUUCAUGACCCUAGACGUAACAAAAGGUAUCGUGUUGUUUAUACAAAAAUGCCGAUUCCAAUCGCUGACAUGGAACGGAAGCGACAGAUGAAAAUUCAGAUGAUGGACGAGAAAAUGAACAUCACUGAAAUAACGAUAUUCCCUGAAAAGACGGGUACGGUGCGUGACAUCUUGGAAGAGGCGAAGCGUGAGUUCAAGUUUGCUGCCAGCGGCACUGGAAAGCUUAGGCUCGUAUACGUUGGGCAAAGCAGCCAGAGCAUGCGUGCGUACAUGAUUUUCAAGGAGGAAACAUCGGUAAUGGAAGUCUUCCAGAAAACCAUGACGCCGUCCAUGUAUAUGGGCCGCGUUGAAGAGGUUCCGCAGGAUCAACUGGUGGUCAAGAGUAACGAAUAUCUCGUGCCUAUAGCUCAUUUUGAUAAAGAUCCAGGGCGAAUGUUUGGAGUGCCAUUCUUUUUGAAAGUCUCAAACGAUGAGCUAUUGUCAAGCGUUCGCGAGCGUAUCCAAGCUAGAUUGGAUAUUCCGGAUAAGGAAUACGAGAAGUAUAAAUUCGCGCUCAUCUCGUCCUCAAGAGUUGUGAGAUAUCUGGAUAUGACAUCAAAUGGAAGGGUGAAUCUCGCCGAACUUGGACAUGCUCAUGUUGCAUCAUUGGCUACAUCACCGUAUCUUGGCCUUGAUCACAUGAACAAAUCUCGAGGAGCUCGUGGAUCGCACGCUGCAGAGAAAGCUAUUGUAAUACAUAACUAAUAAGAUGGGUCUGCUUGGUGUAUGAUAAAACGAAGAUUUGCGCCGUUCGCCUACAAAGGCAGUAAGGCUUUGGAAAAUGUCAGCAAUUUUACGGAGCAGGUUACGGUUCAUCUUCAGUCUCAGAACGUGUUUAUAUUUAUAUAUAUAUGCCUAUGUAUUCUUAUCACUCGUCCCAUUUAAUUCAAAUCUCUCUCAUGUCAGUGUUUCAUAGUUUUGGAUUCUCAGUUUUGUUUAUUCGUCGCCCGAGUUCCACUUCGGUAUGGUGUUGUAUAGUCAGUUUCACAAAUCAUAUCGGUGGCACUCGACAACUAUUCGGAAUGAUACUAUCGGGUUAUGGAUGCUACCUUAUUUCGACGAAAACACUUUUUGCAAAGAUUCCAAUCACGUGCAUCCUUGGUAACAAAAUUUUCUCCGUCUGCACACUCCUUUGAACACCAUCACCAGUGAAACAAGCUGUACAGAAUUAACCAACUCUUCCAAGUGUUUUACUUUUAUCACUGCUUUUCGAAUAAUCCGUAUAUGAUCGAUUACUUGCUUUCGUAAGUAUUGUGUGUAUGCGAAGUGAGCUACUUUAACACUUCUACUGAUGAGAUAAAGAGUGAAUCUUUCUCUGUAUUAAGAGCUCAUUAGGCUUGUGUAUGUUGAUAUAUGCUAGUAAUAUCUUGUCUCAUAUACAAAUGUUCAUAGUUCUAUCCUAAGGAUCUAAUAUGUGUUCAGCGAGGUCGCUUCGUCUACUCGUUUCUUUACUCAUCUAUUCGCAAAGUGUUUGAUUGUAAAUUGUUACAUUUGGUUUCCUCAACGCUAGAAGCUGUGCUACUUCGCUCUUUAAACUACUUUCACAUUUUUUCUUUCUUGUGAAUGAAGAAAUGGAG